CAUCGGUAUCACUUUGAAAAUGGAGUAGUGUAAAUUUGUUUGAUUUUGCCUUAGGCCUUAUUUUUCUUAACCAUUUCCUACAUUCAUAGUAGCAUUGUCAAAAGGGGCGAAAUAGAAAAUUUUCCCAUUCCUCAAUGACUCAAUCCUACCAUCCUUGACCAUUUCAACUGAACUAUAUAUGAGACUAAAGAAAAGUACGAGUAAUGACCAAGACCCAAAAAUCUUUCAACAUGUCUCAUUCUCAAAGAACCAUUCUUAGACUUGUAAUAUAUAAAUGACUAGUAAGUGGUGUAUCCAUGCAUUUAGUCUCAGCACUGAAGAAGUAAACCAUAAAUAUAUUUCCUCUACCUUCUAGCAGUGAUCAUGUAUGGUAUGUGCAGCAGCGCCCUUCUCGGUCUGUUGUUGUUGUUGCUUGGCAGCUUUGCUGAUGGCAAAAACACGACUGAGACAGACAUCUAUUGCUUGAAAUCAAUCAAAGAUUCCUUGGAGGAUCCUCUGGGAAACCUUAGAAGUUGGAAAUUCAACAAUGAUUCUGAAGGAUUUAUCUGCAGUUUCAAAGGAAUUGGUUGCUGGAAUGCCAACGAGAAUAGAGUGAUAAUUAUCUCAUUGCCUAACAUGGGGCUCAAGGGGCAGUUUCCUCGAGGGAUGGCUGGCUGCCGUUCCAUACAACUCCUGGAUCUUUCCAACAAUAACUUUUACGGCAAACUCCCUUCUAAUGUUUCAAGACAAAAUCCUUACAUGGUAACACUUGAUCUUUCUUCAAACCACUUUGAUGGAGAAAUUCCCACCAGUUUUGGAGAUUUCGCCUAUCUCAAUUUUCUCAAGCUCGAUAACAACUGCUUCACAGGACAAAUUCCCAGUGAGAUAGGGAUGCUUCAAAGGCUUAAAACAUUUUCUGUUGCUAACAACAUGCUGUCUGGCCCAGUGCCCCUUCUUUAUGAUCGGCAUGGAUCAGUUUUUCCACCAGAAAUCUAUGAUAAUAAUGACGGGCUGUGUGGUGUCCCGUUAGAACCUUGCAGGCAUCAACACUAUUUAAGAAGCUUCAUAAGCGGCUUUGCAGAAGGAUGGGCAAUUUUCACAGUUUUGGCUGUGGUCAUUUCCAGCUUCUGCAUGCAUACAACCAAGCAGAAGCAGGCAUUGGCAAAUAGACUAAUCAGACACAUCGGGAUCAAGCAAUACCAAUGGUUGGUUUGAUUGCAGAUUGACAUGUUGGAAAAGAUCACUAGUAAAAUGAAUUUGGAAGAACUGAGGCAACUUGUAAUUUUGCUGAAACUGGUUUGGUCGGGACUGGGAGAAUGGGAGAAACAUACAAGGCCAGUCUCCCAAAUGGUUGUUUCCUUGUUGUCAAGAGGCUUCGUGACAGUGAUUCAAAAGGCAUAACAGACCAAUUUCUGACUGAAUUGUCGACCCUUGGAAGGAUAAGGGAUAGGAACUUCGUGCCACUUCUAGGCUUCUGCUGGGAAAUGAACACCAAACUCUUAGUAUACAGUUUCAUGCCAAAUGGAAACCUCCACGCUUGGCUCCAAUCGAGAAUCUUGGAAUGGCCAACAAGAUUGAAAAUUGCAGUUGGAAUAGCAAGAGGGCUGGCAUGGCUGCACCACAACAAUAUGGCACAUCUCGGCUUGACCACGAAAUGCAUAUUACUGGAUGAAGACCUCGAACCAAGAGUAUCCAAUUUCGGGCAGGCGAAAUUCGUGAAUCCAUUCAUUGAAUCAUCAGUAUGGAAAAAUCUAGUGAGUAGCAGCACAGGAAUCCCAGAGUCAGAUUGCUAUGACAAAGACGUCCAUGAUCUUGGAACUCUAUAUCUUGAGCUAGUUGAACAAAGGGAUUCAAACCAUUUUCCAGAAAACUACAGCUGCAACAUUGGGAGCUCCACUUCUAGGCUGUGUGAUUCUGUGCACCAACAUCUGAUAGGAAAAGGAUUUGAUUAUGAGAUUCUCAAAUUUCUGGAAGUUGUCAAUAAAUGCCUAAUGUCUGAUCCAGAUGAAAGGCCUACUGCACUUGAGGUAUACCUAAAUUUAAGAAACAUUUUGGAGGGCUCUGAGAUGAAUCCAAAUCAUACUGAUGAAGUAGCUGAAAUUUGUGUUGUUGAUGAUAGGAUGGCUUAAUAGAAUCAUCUAAGCCUAAAUUUUUUAGCCCAAUAAACUAUGUGAUCUUUUGUAACAGAAAGUAUGCAGGUUCUGUGAUUAGCUCAUCAUUUUAUGAAUAAAUUACUCUGAAAAUAAACAGUGCUUAGCCUUCAUAGAUUA